UCAAGUCAAUAGGUUUAAAUCAAUUACUAAAGAACGGUUUUGGUAUAAAUGUUGAAUGAAAGAUGAAUCAUUUCUGUCGUUUUCGAAAUAUUCAUUAAAUACUUUUAGGAACAAUGAAUCAUUCCAAUAACGAUAAUUCCGCUGAUAAUCAGGCCAAAGAAGAAGAAGAAUCUACAACCAAACCUCCUAGGCCCAAGACUCAAAAAAUUCAAAGAUCAAGAACGGGAUGCUCCAACUGUAAGAAGAAGAAGAUUCGUUGCAGUGAGACCCGGCCAUCAUGUGAGAAUUGUAUUAAAACCAAUAGCGAAUGUGAUUAUUCGUUGAAAUUAACUUGGGGAGGAAGACCUUAUAAAGAUUUACUGAAGAGAAAGGAAAAGUAUUCUGUCAGCCAAAUUAAAGUGAAAAAUGAAAAUAAGUCUAAAAGAAAGAAGGAUAUACAAUUUGUGGUUAGCGAUUUAUCGAAAAAUUUGAGUCAAGCAAGUACUCCAAUGUCUUCACUGAGCUCAAUUCAGUCAAUUGAUAGAAGGGAGAAACGGAAACUGACUGAUACUCCAGAAUCGGUCUCAAUGGAUGAAAGUUCAUCUUUAUUGAGUAAUUCGUCUCCGGGUUCUAAUAAGAAAAGAGCCAUGUUAAGUGUUGGGGAUUUCACUCCAAUAACCGACUUGGCUCUGGCAAAUCAAUUUGAACAAGUUGAAAAUGGGUUUUUAUCUCCUGCCUUCCCAAUUGUAGAAGAUGAUCACGAACCCGAAUUUAAUAACUCUGAGCUUUCUAUCUCCGAUGGAAUAGAAUCGUUAUCCAAUGCCUUAGAUAGAAUCUCAAAUGGUACUCAUGAACUUAAUUUGCAGAAUUCGGAUAUAUUUAAUAAUUUAAUGAUGCAUGAUGACAAGAUUAAAAUAGAGGAGUUUGACAAAAUCGAUCCUUUUGAUGAGAUUGGUGAUUCUAAUCAAAACUUUGAUAAUUAUUCUGAAGAUUUAGCUAAAAUUGAAUUUUUUUUCCCAAAACACCCUAAGCUUGUUAGCGAAUCCUUGUCAUCAUCAUCCUCGCCAAAAACUAUAACAUAUGAUAAUGAACUUGCAUUGGAUGAAGAAAAUAGUCCCUACUAUGAUUUUAGUCUGAUUCCACCCCCCUUAACACCUUUACCAGAUUAUUUACUACGUAUUCCUUUGUACCGUAGUCUUAUGCAUUUCUGGGUUGAAGUAUUCAGUAACAAUUUAGUUCCAGCACCAUCAAAUAUUUAUGAAGAUAAUCCAUUCAAGGUUUUAUUACCUCAAAUGGCAAUGCAAAUCCCUUCACUUUUAUUAAUCUUAUUAACUUUUGCAGCCAAGGCUAGAACAACUUUAGGUGAGAAUGCAAACUAUAUUCCUAAAGAAUUGAUCGAUCAAUUAUUGAGCAGAGCAUGUAAUGAAUUAUUGAAGUGUUUGAAAAAUAAAGACGAGGCAAAAUCAGAUGGUACAUUAGCAACAGUUUUAUUAUUUUCAGCCUAUGAAAUUUUUUUUGCCGAAAGUAUGGAACGUCAUAGAGCUCAUACUACAGGUGCUAGACAAAUCAUUAGGGCAAGAAAUAAAGAAGAAUUGGCUGAAUCAUCUCAUUCAAACGUUGGAGUCGUUCCCUCCAGGAAUGAAGGUGACGUUUCUUUCUUUCUAAUGAGAUGGUUUUUAUAUGUCGAUGUAAUAGGAUCAUUAUCAACCGCAAAGAUUUCUAGUGAACCUUUGUACUAUGAUAGUGAAACUCCUUUGAAAACAUUUGACUCUAAGGUUGAAGAAUCAGAUCAAGAUCCUAAAAAGGAUAUUGAUUAUUUGUUGGGUUUCGACGUCAAUCUUUUUCCAAAAUUUGCUGAGAUUUCAAUACUCAUUAAAAAAUCAGAAAAUUAUAAUUCAGAUCUCAUUCCGGUUACUUUAGUGACAGACGCUUUGAACUUAAAGGAGAAUUUUACCAAAGCAUUCGAAGAAGGAGAAGCAAGACGCCAGGCAGAAUUAGACUUGAUAUUCAAGAAAAAGUAUGCUACAAGUAAAGACCUCAACAUUACCAAUUUAAUCCAACAGGAUAAAAUAUUAAGAUGUACCAAUAAAAUCUUCUGUGACAUGGGUAUUUUAAAUCUUUAUCGUCGAGUCCUCAAAAUUCCUCGUAAUUCAAGCCUAAUUCAAGACUUGGCCAAUGGAAUAGGCUACAUAUUAGAAACCACCAUUCCUUCCCUAAGCUCAGCUGAAAUAUGUACUAUUUUCUGCUUAUUUUGCGCUGGCUGUGAAACCUUGGAUUCUUCUAAAAGAGAUCUAUUUUUCGAUAGAUUUACUAGAUUGGCUCGAAGUGGCAGUGUUAGUGCAAAGAAAGGUCUUCAAAUCAUGACUCGGUGCUGGGACACCGGUGAAGAUUGGAUCACUUCUGCCAGAGCUUUAGAUAUAGAUAUAAUUCUUUUGUAAAUACUUUAUAUACUUAGUUACUUUCCUAUAGAUUUUGCAAUAAAAAUGUGUCUGGUGCA